GUCUACAAAGAAGUUUAUACAAUGGACCCUUGGGGUGGUCAUGCUUGCGUAUGCUUUUGGGCCAACAGAUAGAAAAACUCUGGGCUCUCACAGUGACAGUCCUUCAGAGUACUACCCACCUGAUUUCUAUCCUAAUGGCACUGAUUUAGUCUUGCCAAUGGGUUCGAUUCGUUACUGGCUCAUGGGUGACCCUAAUGGUAAAAAAGUUGUCUUGAUCCACGGAAUCUCAACUGGAGCAGCCUGCUACAUUUCUCUCUCCAAAAUUCUGGCUGAUAAAGGACAUUAUGUUCUGUUGUUUGAUCUCUGGGGAAGAGGAUAUGCAGAAGCACCUCCACAUUACUACGACGAAAGCCUAUAUACAACUCAGGUGGCUCUUGUACUACAAAAGGUUGGCUGGACAUCUACCGAUGUUGUAGGUGUCUCACUUGGAGGCGCUAUUGCAACCUCGUUUGCUUCAUUCUAUCCAGAGAUGGUGAAUAAACUUGUCCUUAUUGCACCAGCAGGACUAAUGCAUCGUGCCGAUAUUCCUAUGUCAGGGAAAAUUGUUGCCCACCCAUUGCUUAUGAGACUCUUUGAGCAAGGAUGGAUACAACCAUUCGCUAGAAAGGCAUUUAAACUCUUUAUCGACAAUUCUUCUCUUCGCAAAGAGCUUGCAGAUGAUCCGCUUGUCGACCAAAUAUCUUCAGUUGCUACUCACCAAUUCAUCCAUCAUCCUGGAUUUAUUCGGGCAUUUCUAGGAACUCUUGCAGACUAUCCGUUGAGUGGACUUGAUGAAAGGUACAGGAUCCUUGGAAAUUACUCGAAUAUUCCAGUAUUUGUCCUCUGGGGUGAUAACGAUAAGACCGUUCCAUACAAGUACCAUCAUGUUCUGCAAAAAUAUGUACCUCAUGCUCAGAUAUCACAUUAUAAAGGUGGAGGGCAUGAUAUUUUAUUGAGUCACCGAGAUAGACUGAACUCAGAGAUUUGCGACUUUUUGUCUUAAUAAUGCAAAAUACAAUAUACACUACUCUCGACCCAACCUUCUUCUCUCUCUCUCUCUCUCUCUUUCUCGUCCCGUUUAUCCUUCGUGACUUGUUUAAACAUCCAAGUUAAUUCUGUUGCCAAGCCGAGAUUGUCUUGAUUCGGAAUGACAUCAUUACAUUGGUGUUUGUUACUAUGUUUGCUUAACAUGGUCUCAGUGGAAUGCCACUUGGGUGCCAUGAAGAUCAAGCAGGCAAAUGUCAAUCCUACUUACACAGAAACUACUGACCCUGGACCACCAGCCAGUCCCGAAAGUCUGCUAGUAGCCAACAUCACAUCCUUUAUUCGAGUCGAGCUUCUCUGUGAUAUCGAUCAAGUAUUUUGUGGAAAAGUUAUGGAAUCUUUAACUUCAGCUGCUCGGGAGUUUUCCUUGGUCAUAAAUAUCAAGAGUUCUAUUGUGAUCCAUACAUCAUAUUAUAGUUUCUGCAAUACUGGCUGCAGUAAUGAAACCUAUGGCUGGGGAACACCUGCAUCUCAGUUUACCCUUCCGUUCCAGAAUGGGAUAGUGGAUCCAAACUAUGUAUACCCGCAAGCGUUAGCUAAACAGCUAGCUCCGUAUGGCUUUACCUCUGCGUGGGCUGACUAUGAUAUCGAGAUGGAGAUUAACCAUGAUCCAUAUCUAAAUGCUGUCGAUUAUGACGAUGCCUAUGAUGAAGGAUGGAAUGGUACAGGUGUUCCUCCUGGUGGAAAGUACUGGUUCAAGAAUAAUGAAACAUCUAUAGGUGAUGAUCAGAUUGAUAUGGAGUAUCUAUUGUUGCACGAAAUCAUUCAUGGUGCUGGUUUUAUUAGUUCGUGGGCUGCCUACUUCUCCAACCGCGCUUCUCCUUUCCAAACCAUGUUGGCUGGUUUAUUUCCGGACCU